UCCUCAUAAAGAUGGCCGUCUUCAGACUCUUUAACUGACUUGAAACUUUUUUUUCCCCCUCGAGUGUCUUAUAAGAUUGGAAGAUUUCCCGAAGUCAUAUAAAAGCCACUGAGUGAUAUUCUACUCCUGUUAGAUGAUAUUUUCUCUUGUUUAUUUAGAAAUGAAGCGUGUCUUGUUAUUUUGUUUACCAACAUGUUGCUAGCUUGUUAGCUGGUGUUUACACGCUAGCCUGGCUAAUCCAGCUGUGUGAAUCACACCGCUCUGAAGAACAUCUGCCGGCAUCCUUGGCUUGAUAAGGAUCAAGCUGUGUUUUUGUAUUUAUAGAAAUGCGAAUUUGAGAUGCUUGAGGUUUUUUUGGUGAAGCGGUGAUACCCGGCGUUACCAUACGAAGUACCUCUCUUCCUCGUCACCAAGUCUGGGAACAGUUUGGCCAUGAGUGCACCCUGAGUACAUUUCAGCUGCGACAAAAUGGCCGCCGACCUUUACGCUGCUAAGAAGUUGCCCUCGGUGACGGCUACGGCGGUGCAGCAGUACCAACAGCAGAACAUCAGCAACAACAACACUGUUCAGGGCUGCAACUGGCAAGGCCUCUAUCCCACCAUCAGAGAGAGAAACGCAGUCAUGUUUAACAACGAGCUGAUGGCAGACGUGCAUUUCGUAGUCGGCCCUCCCGGGGGCACGCAAAGAGUGCCGGGGCACAAGUACAUCCUGGCCGUCGGGAGCUCCGUGUUCUACGCCAUGUUCUACGGGGAGCUGGCGGAGGAUAAGGACGAGAUCCGCAUCCCAGACGUCGAGCCACAUUCCUUCCUGGCCAUGCUCAAAUACAUCUACUGUGAUGAGAUCGACCUGUGUGCGGACACCGUUCUGGCCACGCUGUACGCCGCCAAGAAGUACAUGGUUCCUCACCUGGCGCGUGCCUGCGUGGCGUUCCUGGAGACCAGCCUGAGCGCUCGUAACGCCUGCGUGCUGCUGUCGCAGAGCUGCCUGUUCGAGGAGCCGGAGCUGACGCGCCGCUGCUGGCAGGUGAUCGACGCGCAGGCCGAGCUCGCGCUGCGUUCUGACGCCUUCUGCGACAUCGACCUGCGCACGCUGGAGAGCAUCCUCCGGCGUGAGACCCUCAACGCCAGUGAGACGGUCGUUCUGGAGGCGGCGCUCAGCUGGGCCGAGGCCGAGUGCCAGCGCCGCGAACUCCAACCCACUGUCGAAAACAAGAGGCUGGUGCUGGGCGAGGCUCUGUACCUCAUCCGCGUCCCGGCGAUGUCGCUGGACGAGUUCGCCAACGGCGCGGCGCAGUGCGGCCUGCUCACGCUCGCCGAGACCAACGCCGUCUUCCUGUGGCACACGGCGGCGAACAAACCCGAGCUGCCCUUCGUCAGCCAGCCGAGGAAAGGCCUGACUCCCCAGCGCUGCCACCGCUUCCAGUCGUGUGCCUACCGUAGCAACCAGUGGCGUUACCGCGGACGCUGUGACAGCAUUCAGUUCGCCGUGGACAGGCGCGUGUUCAUCGCCGGCUUCGGCCUCUACGGCUCCAGCUGCGGCUCGACCGAGUACCAGGCCAAGAUCGAGCUCAAGCGGCAGGGCGCCACGCUGGGCCUCGCCGUCGUCAAGUACUUCUCGGACGGCUCCAGCGGCACGUUCCCGGUGUUCUUCGAACACCCGGUGCAGGUCGAGCCCGACACGUUCUACACGGCCAGCGUGGUGCUGGACGGCAACGAGCUCAGCUACUUCGGCCAAGAAGGGAUGACCGAGGUGCAGUGCGGGAAGGUCACCUUCCAGUUCCAGUGCUCCUCGGACAGUACCAACGGCACCGGAGUGCAGGGGGGACAGAUACCCGAGCUCAUAUUUUAUGCCUGAGAGACGUCUUACCGAGGUCAUGUGACAAUCCCCCAGAGGACCGUAUUCUACUCAAUUUAGACAUCAGAGUUUUGUCCCAAGUUGGCAGCUUUCAUGGGGGUGAGGGGUGUUCCUGACUGGCAGCUAGCAAGCGUUAAGUCACAGACGAAUCACUAGCACGACAAUCACCGGUGCGCCCCCGUUACCACAACGCUACACGCUACAUUUUAAACAUAACACACGAUUGCCUUAUUGUCCUCUCGUUUCGCUCGCCCGUCGUAAGACGCGCCAGCACGUCCCGACCAACCGCGGUCCUCACCCUCUCUAGUUUUACUAACGCUAGACCGUCUAUCGAGUCGAAGCUUGCGCUGCAGUACUUUUAAGCGUUUGUUUAUCUGCGUCCGUCGUGGUCUUGUGGACUUGGCUUCAAUCGCACCAGCCGAGUCGCACGGCGCCGUCUGGAUCCAUCGCGCAGACGGGUUCCACGUGUCCCUGCGUCGUGCCUUGCGCUUCUGGUCCGCUUUAAAAAAAUAUAUAUAUCUGACUAGUUUAAGAAAACACUCGGCAGUAACAUUACCCCAAAAAGAAAACCGGUGAAGUCCAAGUCGUCGCUGCUCGGCCGUAGUCAGACCGCGUAAUUAUUUCCCAUUAGUCACGUUUUUGUACACGUUUGCGUAUGUGUAAGAAAUAUAAAGUGCUUAUUUUGUGAAAGUGAUACUUUAUUUUUUUUUUUAUAUAUCUGUACUUGACGUGCUCGACGUUGUCGUGUAUCAGACGUAUCGGAUGUACGUUUUGUGCUGCAGUCACUCGGUGUAAUCCCCGUCGGCCAUUUUGUUUCGUCAGGGUGUGAAAGGUCUUGCCCUUUAACACUCGGGAUUUAAAAACGCCAGCAUUGUUUCUCGAAGGGCUUGACGAUGUGUUUCAUUUACUCGUGGUUAUAAAUGAGCUUUGAUGUAUAUAUUUUUUUCUACUUGUAACUUUCCAUUGGUGAACUGACGCUCGUUAUUGUUUCAUCUGUUUUUCUUGGGGGGGGGGGAUUACUUACUGCACCUUUAAUCACACACAUGAUCUGAAAUAAACCCAGUUCACACACCUUCAGUGGGCUUGUUACAAGUUUGUGGAAUGUUAUUUUUAUCGCAGUGUUACAAUGUGCGUAUCUGACAUGAAAGGAUCUUCUUAUAACAAUUACGAAUAUGCAAAUUAGAAGAUGCUGACAUCACUAAUCGCUAUGAAACCGGCGUAAGUGUUACAGGUUCGCACAAGCAUCAUUUCAACUCGAGUAUCCGAGUUUUGAUUUGUAGUUUUUCGGCGUAAACCGGACAAAAUAUAAACGUUUCCAUAACAACCACGAAGCGCAGCACUAAUAUCAGCUUUGAAAGAAAAAAUAAAUAAAUCCAGCCAGCUUAACGCAGAGUUUCUGUAGGAAUAAGGGAUACGCGUCCGAUUACGGUGUCGUCGUCCUCUAGUAAUUUGCAUAUCGAUCGCGGUUGGUUUAAAGCCGUUACGUCUGCUUUGUGACAUCACAACCCGAGCUCAUGCUUAACCCCGCCCCCGAUAACUGUUUUGUACCACAGAGUACUCAAGAAAGUCUCUCUUUUAAAAAUAAAAAAAAAACAAGAAGUUUACCAGCGGAAUGUUUCAGAUCUCGGAUGACUUUAAUGUCUCAUUACGAGUUGAGAAACCUGUACGGAAAGUCUGUAUAUCACAAAUUGUAUUAAAUGAGUUCGCACUCGCACA